AUGGGGGAACAGAGGGGCCGGGCAAGUGGUGGGAAGGGGCUAAGAGCGUGGGAGGUGGCGGGGGGAGAUGGUCAGCGGGCGGGGGAGAGGGCCACCGGUCGAGCAGGGGGAACAGAAGGCAGGAUAGGGGAAGUGGGGGACUGCGAAGAGAGUAAGGAAGGGGGGAGCGCGGAUGAUGGGAAGGAGGAGGAAGAGCAGGAGGAGGAGGAGGGAGAGGAGGACGAGGAGGAGGAGGAGGAGGAAGAGGAGGAGGAGGAGGAAGACGAGGAGGAGGAAGGGGAGGAGGAGGAAAGGGAGGAGGAGGAAAGGGAGGAGGAGGAAAGGGAGGAGAGGAAAAAGCAGGAGGGGGUGGGUGGUGUGGAGAGAGCAGGGAAGCAGCCGAGCGGACAGGCGGCAGCAGCAGAGGCAGAGAGGCUUGUGAGUGCCGCGAGACAGGCUUCAAGUCAGCACCUGUCAGUGGGAGGAGCAUCAACACAAGCAGCGCCGGUGCAAGCAGCAACAACACAAGCUGCAUCAGCACAAGCAGCUUCAGCACAGCAGCUGCCAUCACAACAGCCCUUGACGCUACACUCUCAGCCGCUGCGUAGGGAGCAGAGGGAGGAAGCCGGGGGAGCAGUGCCGGCGAUUGAGGCGAAGGAAGAGUGUUCAGGGGAAGUUGCGUCACAGCAGCCACGGGAGGUACCACCCUCCAGGGCGCAGGGCGCUUCAGAGGCGGGCGGCGCUGGCAUGGUCGGUGCUGCUGUAGGUGGUGCUGCUAUGGGCGGUUCUGAUGGUUGCAGCCCAUGCCGUGACUCCAUGGUGAAGCAGGAGCAUGUGCAUAUGCCCCCCGCUGCUGCUGCUGCUGCUGUGGCCACUCCAAGGCCGAGGCCCAGCGGGGGCUUCUGGGCCCACGUGGAGGGCUUCUUCCGCCCCGUCACCACCGCUGACGUGGCGCUGCUCUCCCCUGCUGCUUACGUGGCACACUUCAGCCACAUCACGGAGCGAGAUCCCGCCUUUGCCCUGCCGCCUGCGGGCCACCGCCCACCAUUGAAGCACCAGUUGAUGUUGAAGGCACAGGCGGGCGGACAGGAAGGGGCACGGCAGGUGGAGGGGCAGGGGCUGGGUCACGGGCAGGGCCUGAGUCCGGGGCAGGGGCACGGACAGGGGAAGUGGAGGGGGGAUGCAGAGGGUCGUCUGGGGGGCCAGGGGGAUGAGGGAAGGGCUGGGGAGGCCUUACCUCCUGCUCCUGGCGCUGCCGGUGCCUUCACUCCUGCUGCUGCUGCUGCUGCUCCUGCUUCUGCUGCGGCGGCUGCUGUUCCUGCUGCUAUUAUUUCUGCAGCUGCUGCAGCAGCUGCGUGUGAUCCGCCUGCGUCUGCUGGCAGAGGGAGGGGGGGGAAGAGAGCAGGGCGGGGAAGGGCCAGGGGAGCAGCAGCGAGAGCAGAGAAAGAGGAGGGGAUGCUGGUGACUCUCGUGUCUCCGCCUCUUUCGCAUGCAAUUGCUCAGGCCACGGGAAGGGGGAUGCACGGGGGAGGGAAGGGAGCAAAGGGGGGAGCAGAGGAGGAGGAGGGGGGAGGGGAGGGGGAGGCGUGUGACGUGUGUUGCCAGACGGAGAGCGACGAUGCGAACCCCAUUGUGUUCUGCGAUGGCUGUGACGUGGCUGUUCACCGCCAGUGCUACGGCAUCCCCCCUGCUGCCCUGCUGCCCGUGCAGCGAGAGGAAGGCAUGAGUGGGGACGUGCAGAGAGGACUGGACCACGGAGAGCGGGUCCAAGGGAGCAGGGAGCAGGGAGGAGGGCAGCAGGGUAGGGAGCAGGGCGGGGAUGGUGAGGAGGAAGAGGCAAGUCUGCCGUGGCUGUGUGCGCGGUGCUGCAGCACCCGGCCUGCUCAGGUCCGCUGUGCGCUCUGCCCCGUGCUCUCCGGUGCCUUCAAACCCGCCCUCCCCGGCGCCCCUCCCUCUGCUUCCUUGGAGCCCACUGCACCGGAGCGCCGCCGCAUGCUGUGCUGCCUCUGCCGCUCCAAGGAGGGUACCUGCAUCCAAUGCAGCCAUGGUGAGUGGUGGGUAAGCCACGGCAUGUGCGCAGUGCCCUUCCACCCCAUGUGCGCGCGCCAGGGGGGGCUCCUCAUGACCCUCUCCGCCUCCCCCUGCUCCCCCCGCGUGCUCCUCAAGGCCUUCUGCCCCCGCCACUCCGCCCUGCGCCUCCCCCCCCUGCUGCAGCAGCUGCAGGCAGGGGCAGGCGGAGGGGGAGGGAAAGGGGGAGAGGGUGGGGAGGCGGGGAAGGAAGGGGGAAGGGGGCAAGGAACCGGGCAGAUGGAUGGGGUUGAGGAGGGGGAGAGGGGCGGAGGAAAUGGAAUGCUGGUGGAGAGAGAGGAGGGAGAAAGAGAAGAGGGAAGGAGGAGGGAGGAAGGGAGGGAGGGUGCAGAUGCAGAAAGGGGGAUGAACAGAGGGAAUGUUGGGUCUUGUGCUGGUGGUGGUUGUGAUGAUGGUGGUGGUGCUUGUGGUGCUGGUGAUGCUUGUGGUGCUGGUGAUGCUGAUGCUGCACGUGGUGAUGUCAUAAUGAAGGAUGCAAGUGCGUCAUCAGCAGCAGCACAGGCAGCAGCAGGGGAGGUAGCAGGGGGGGCACCAGCAGGAGUUGAUACAGUGGCAGCAGCAGUAGGCGUAGAGGAGUCAGAUGAUGAUGAUGAUGAUGUGGUGGUGGUGGUGGAAGAGAGAUCAGGAAGGGAGGAGGUGGACGCAACAAGAGCAGUUGAAGCAAGGGGGGAGGUCAGAGCAGCAGGAGCGGAGUCAUUAAAUGGGCCGCCAGAGAUGGCAGGAAGGAGCGUGCGUAGUGAAGCAAGAGUGGCUGCUGGUUCUGCUGUGACGCCAGUCGCAUGUGCCGAUGUGGCGCCAGCAAAGCAAGCCGAGGCAGACGUGGAAUGGCCUAGAUGGGAGGGCGCUGCUGCGCUGGCACUGAGUCAGCAGGUGCGGUGCCAUGCGUAUGUGCAGAGAUAUGCCGAAAUGCUGCAGGGGUUAGGUACACCUGAGGACGAGGUCACAUCAGAGCUCAUCAUAGCACAGACCCAGCUGCUGUCCGUCCUGCACACCCUCUCCCACCGCUCUCAACACCUGCUGCACCGCAUGCUACCGCGCCUGCAGACGGAGAGGCAAGCAGCAGAGGCGCAGCAGCAGGGGAAGGCGGCAGUUGAGGAGUAUUUGGGCGUGCUGAGGGAGCAGCGCAAGCAGGGGCGGCGGGACCGGCGGGAGAGGGAGGCGCAGGCUGUGCUGGCAGCGGCUGAGGCUGCUGCUGCUGCGUCUCCCCGUGUGGGGCAUCUGAAGCGCGACCCUGCUGGGCCUGCUGGGGUGGGUGCUGCUGCUCCUGCUCGUCCUCUGGGCGUUUCUUCUCUUGCUGCUGCUCCUGCUAGUCCUCUGGGCGUUUCUUCUCUUGCUGCUGCUGGUCCUGCUGCAGGUGCUGCUGCUGCUGCUGCUGCUGCGGGUAUGGCCCGCCCUGGGCUUGCUGGUGCUGCCAGAGGGGCCAGGGGGAGAGGUUCGUGGGGCCGGGGCAGGGUCCGGGGGCGUGGGGCAUGGACAGGGGGAGGGCGAGGGCGAGUGGGGGGGAGAGUUGGGGGAAGAGGAGGAGGGAGAGUGGGAGGGAGAGUGGGUUGGGGCAGGAGAUUGGAUGUGUCUUCGGGGUUGAAUGGUGUGGGUGUUGAGGGGGAUGGACAGAUGGAGAGUGGUGCAGCGAGGUAUGGGGAGGUGGGGGAGGCAGUGGAGGAGGAGGAGGAAGGGGAGCGCAAUGGGGAAGGCACCUCGCAGGGAGUGGAUAGUGGGGGAGAGGAGGAGAUGGAGGGGACAGCGAGAAGGGAUGGGGUGAUAGAGAUAAGAGGUGGAGGAGGAAGUGGUGCAGAUGGGGGGAAGGUUGGGGUCAUGAGCGGGAGCGGGGAGGGGGAGGGGAAAGGAAGGGUGGAGAAUUCGGGGUGGCUGGCAGUGAAGCGAACAGAGCAGGGCGAGUGGGUGCAUCUGCUGUGCGCUCAGGUAUGCCUCUCACUCACCCACUCACUCACUCACUCACCCACUUGCUCGUUCACUCAUUCACUCACUCACUCGACCACUCACUCACCCCCUCACUCGUGCACUCACUCGCUCAGUUUCUCACUUACCCACUCACUCACUGACCCGCUCACCCACUUGAAGGCGUCUUUUCUCAAGCUGAAUAUCUGUUUCCCCACCACCAUUCCUCUCGACCCCUCCUCUUCCCUCCAGGUGCUGUUUCCUGACUGUGCUGUGCUGGGUGCGCCCGAGGAUGAACCCCUUUGCCUCACUGUGAGGCGCCGUCCCUCCCACCAUACAGCAGCGCCGCUGCUGCUUCUGCCACUCCUCAUCUGCACACCCAUGCACGCAGGCUGCCCCCGUGUAAUGCAUCCCAUGUGUGCGCGCCACUGCUCUCGCCUCUCCACUCCCCCGCCACCUCAACAGCCACCUCAACAGUCCCCUCCUGUCUGCACUCCUAUCCCACCUCCCUAUACCGCCACUGCCACUGCCACAACCCGCGCCACUGCCCCCACCACUGCCGCUGUCUCUCCUGCUCCUCCCCCAACAGCCUGUCCCACCGCCGCUGGUAUCGCCGCUGCUAAUUCUCCUGCCAUUGCAGCACCUGCUGCUAUUUCCUCUCCUCCUCCUCCUCUCUCCUCCACUCCUUCUUCCAUUCCUGCUCCAGUGCCCUCCCAUCCUCCCCCCUCUCUCGCAGCAGCACUCCCUCCUCCUCCUCCACCCACUGCCACCACUGCAGUCCCUGUCAAACCCACUCGGGCAGCUGUGAAAAUUCACUUGUACUGCCCAGAGCAUGCAGCAGCUUCCGGCAUCCGAAAUCUCGACCCCCAUUCCCAGCAAUCCCGCCUCCCUAGUAGCACCUCCCUGCUCCCCUCCAACGCACCUCUGUUUCCCUCAAAGCGCCGAGCUUCAGUUUCCUUCGUGGAUCAUGAGGAUCAGAAGAGACGCUGUGUGGGAGUGGCUGAGGGGGAGGGUGGGGAUGAUGAUAGAGUGGGUAGGGUGAUGGUGGGUGGAGCAGGGAGACAGGCCUGCAGUUGUCAUACCUCGCUACACAUGCGGCAGCGCGUGCCCUAA